AUGGGAAGCCUCGAGGAGGCUGAACUCUGCUUCCCACAACUCCUCAACUCCUCCUGCAGGAAGAUCAUGCUUCCUCAUUCAACCUCAGUGCUCAUGUACUGCUUACUAUCCUGUGUGUCUUGGCUCACUGUGACCCUUAACCUGCUGGUCAUCAUCUCUAUCUCCCACUUUAAGCAGCUCCACACGCCCACCAACAUCCUCCUCCUCUCCUUGGCUGUCUCAGAUUUCUUGGUGGGUUUCCUCAUAGUUUUUCAGCUCCUUCUCAUUGAUGGCUGCUGGUAUCUUGGUGACUUCAUGUGUGUUCUGUAUUACAUCAUUGAUUACGUUAUUACAUCUGCAUCAGUAGAGAACAUGGUACUCAUAUCAGUGGACUGCUAUGUAGCUGUUUGUAACCCUUUCCAGUAUCCCACCACAGUCACACAUAAAAGGGUUUGUGUGUGUAUUUCGGUGUGUUGGAUGUUUUCUGCCAUCUGUGUCUUUAUAGUUUUUAAAGAAAAUCUGGGACAGCCAGGCAGGUUUAAUUCAUGCAUUGGAGAGUGCGUGGUUGGAUUUGAUGAAACUGGUGGAAUAAUAGACAUCUUGUUUUUCUUCAUCGGUCCUGUCACCAUCAUCGUCAUUCUGUAUGUGAGAGUGUUUGUGGUGGCCGUGUCUCAGGCUCGGGCCAUGCGCUCUCAUGUUGCAGCUGUCUCCCUCCAGGGUUCAGUCAGAGGUAACUUUAAGAGAUCUGAACUCAAAUCGGCCAGAACACUUGGGGUUGUUGCAGCUGCAUUUUUGAUAUGCAUAUGUCCAUACUUUUUUCUCUCAGUUACUGGUGGGGAGACCCAGUUUAGUGCUUCAUCCUUUGCUUUUUUUUUGUUUUAUCUUAACUCCUGUUUAAACCCAUUGAUCUAUGUCUUAUUUUUUCCCUGGUUUAGAAAAACUAUUAAACUAAUUUUCACCCUGCAGAUACUGAAGGCCGGAUCCUCUCAGGCCAACAUCAUGUAG